AUGUAUUCUUCAUCCUGGAGCGCAUGUCACCCAGCUUUCCACCAUCAAAGUUCACCACCGGGAGUGCUGAUGGGAAAAAUUUCUCAUCCUGGCCUCUCCAGAAUUUUUUUCGAAAUCCCGAAGUUGAAAUUGGCGUCUCUAAAACAUCAGAUUUUGUUGCCAUUCGCCGAGCUGUGUUCCAGGAUGCCAGAAUUGAUCAAAUUCGUUCAUCAAAACUACCGUGCUUUCAUGGGGAUGUGGCUU